AUGAAAAUACCGGAGAAAAGCCGCUUUCUAAUUUAUGCCUUGGGAAUAUUCUUUUGCUAUUUCCUCUAUGGCAUUGUCCAAGAGAAAAUAACGCGUGGACGUUAUGGCCAACAGGCCAAUGAAGAUGGCACGGUGGGUGAAAAGUUCACCUAUGCCUUGGCUCUGGUGUGGGUGCAGUGUUUAUGUAAUUUUAUUUUUGCCAAGGGCAUGCUGACGGUCAAACCACAAAAGGAAGACACCACUCCCCGGAGUUAUUAUGCCAUCAGUGCAUUGACAUACCUUUUGGCCAUGGUUUCCUCAAAUAUGGCAUUGCGUUGGGUACCCUAUCCUACACAGGUUGUGGGUAAAUCUGCUAAGCCCAUACCCGUAAUGAUAUUGGGUGUAUUGAUUGGACGUAAAUCCUAUAGCUGGAUACGUUAUAUAUGUGUACUGACCAUUGUUGUGGGGGUGGUGUUGUUCAUGUACAAGGAGAGUAAGGCCCCAGCUGUGGCGGCCACUGACAAAACUGGAUUGGGUGAAUUGCUGCUCAUACUCAGUUUGUCUAUGGACGGUUUAACGGGUGCCGUACAAGAACGUAUGCGUUCCUCAAGUGCCCCUUCUGGGCAGCAAAUGAUGUUUGCCAUGAACUUUUGGAGUACUCUGAUGUUGGGCUUUGCCAUGAUUGUGACAGGUGAAGGCAAAGAAUUCAUACAUUUCGCCAGCCGCCACCCUGAGUUGUGGGGCCAUAUGGCCAUGUUGGCACUGUGUGGUGCCUUGGGUCAACUAUUCAUUUUCCUAAUGGUUUCUGGUUUUGGCCCGUUGGCAUGUUCUGUUGUCACCACCACCCGUAAAUUCUUUACCGUACUCUGUUCUGUGGUGUUGUUUGGUAAUGUCUUAUUGCCACGUCAAUGGUUUGGCGCUGUUCUGGUAUUUGCCGGCCUCUUUGCCGAUAUGUUCUAUGGUAAGAAACCUCCAGCAUCAAAUAAGAAACCCCUUCCAAAAGACACCGAGGAAAAGAAGAAGUUAAUAUCAUAGAAU